CGAGAGCUGGAUAAGGAAGGUCGAGAAGUAGCUUCCAACAAAGGCUAUAAGUACUUUGGUGCUGCUAAGGACUUACCCGGAGUACGAGAACUGUUCGAAGAGUCAAAGGAAUUGGAGCAAAUGCGGAAGACGCGAGCAGAACUAAUGAAGAAUGUUGAUGCAGAUUACUACGGUUAUCUUGAUGAUGAUGAUGGUCUACUCAUUCCCCUGGAGAAAGAAGAAGAGAAGAGGGCAAUAGAGCAGGCAGAAAAGUACUUUGCUGAACAUGGUGCGGAGCGAUUCCAGAAGGAGUUUGGAGAGGAUGACUUGGAAGAGGAUAUAUACAAAAUUCAUGACGUAGGUGUUAUUCCUUACAUUCUUUUAUUUGAAGAUUAA